CGCCCCUCUCACUCGGGACUUCCUGACACACAGGGCAGGUCUCUUUCCCAAAGUCCCGGCUGGUCACCUGGAGUCCGCACUCCCACAAGCCGGUUACCCCUCGACCCCCUCCUCUGGAGUAAACUGCCAAAACUCGGCUGCUCGGAGACUCUCACGAUGACGCGUACCGUCACCCUUGUCUUCCUGUCUCUCUUCGCCUGCUGGGCUGUUUCUGAAGCUCAGCUUGAGCCAGGCAUCUGUAAAUUUUACGAAGAGUGUGGGAAAAACCCACUGGUGAAUGGCAGCUUGGUCCCCUCAAUCAUUCCCUGUGUGGACAACAACAAGGCCAGGAAACUGGAGGGCCCGCACUACCUGAAGCUGAAGAAGGUGUGCCCCAUGCUGGACAACGGGGCGAACAACACCUACGCCUGCUGCUCGCUGAACCAGCUCGAGUCCCUUGAGAGCAGCUUGACCCUGUCCAAGGCCUUGCUGAUCCGAUGCCCGUCCUGCGCCGAGAACUUUGGCCACCUGCACUGCAUCAACACCUGCAGCCCCGACCAGAGCCAGACGGUCAACAUCACCCGCACCACCAGCGUCGACGUCCAGAACCAGACCAAAGAGGCCGUGCUGGCCUACCAGGCCUACGUGAGCACCAGGUUCGCCGAUGGCUCGUUCAACUCCUGCCGGAGCGUGCGCAUCCCUACCACCGGCGGCUUUGCCAUUGCCACCAUGUGCGGCCGCUACGGUGCUACGCUGUGCACUCCGCAACGCUGGUACGACUUCCAGGGCGACUCCAGCAAUGGCCUGGCCCCUCUGGACAUUGACUUUCGGCUCAUUCCGGAGGGCGCCCCAGUGCCCCCGGGCAUUGUCCCCUAUGCCGGACGGGUGCUGGGCUGCAACGAGAGCGGCGAAGCUGGGGGCAAGCCGUGCUCUUGUCAGGACUGCGCGCAGUCUUGCCCCGUCAUCCCUCCCCCUCCUCUCCCAGGAAAGCCCUUUAUGAUCGGGGGGACGGACGGGGUGCUGGUGAUAUGCCUGAUCAUCUUCUGCCUCAUCUGCCUCACUUUCCUGGGCUACGUCCUGCUGGGGGUGCUCCUGCGAGGCCGCAACAAGGAGGAGGGUAAAGACAAGGUGAAGGACAAGAACGGCAACGAUGUGUGUCAGGCCAUCGACCCCAAGAAGGUGAGCUUUUCAGACAAGGCCAGCCUGGCCACGCAGGACUUUCUGGGCUCCCUGUUUGAGAGAUGGGGAACCUUGAUGGCCAGGCACCCCUUAAAGGUGCUGCUGAUCUCUCUGCUAGUAGUGGUAGUGUUUGCCACAGGCCUGAUCAAUAUUGAGCUGACCACUGACCCCGUGGAGCUCUGGUCUGCCCCCAACAGCCGCGCCCGCAGAGAGAAGGACUUCCACGACAAGUACUUUAAUCCAUUCCUCCGGACUAACCAGCUCAUCCUGACCGCUCCUGGUCGUCCGAGCCACUCCUACAACUCUCUGCUUUUUGGUCAGCAGAACUUCAGUGGCAUCCUCUCCAAAGAUCUAAUCAUUCAGGCGCUGGAACUGCAGUCACGGAUACAGGCGAUAGAAUUCUGGUCAGAUGAGCUGAACCGCACCGUCAGCCUUAAGGACGUCUGCUAUGCACCCCUGAACCCCAACAACCCAUCGCUGACGGACUGUGCUGUUAUCAGCCUGCCACAGUACUUCCAGAACAGUCUCAAAAACCUGAACGCCAAGGUCAACAUGACCAGCUUAGGUGUAACCCAGGAGGUGGACUGGAGGGACCACCUUAUCUACUGUGUUAACUCCCCGCUGUCUUUCAAAGACAUCACAGACCUGCAUCUGAGCUGCAUGGCAGAUUUCGGCGGUCCCGUCUUCCCUUUCCUGGCUGUGGGCGGAUAUGAGAAUGAAGAGUACACCACCGCUGAGGCCCUGAUCAUGACUUUCUCCCUGAACAACUACCCGCGAGGCACUACCAAGUUCACCCUGGUGGAGAAAUGGGAGAAGAUGUUCCUGGCCAUCAUGCGACAGUACCAACUAGAUCCCACCACCAACUUCACUUUUGCCUACAUGGCGGAGAGAUCACUGGAAGAUGAGAUCAAUCGGACAACCGCUGAGGACAUCCCCAUCUUCAUGAUUAGCUACGCUGUAAUCUUUGUGUAUAUAGCUGUCGCACUGGGGGAGUACUCUUCCUUUAAACGGAUACUGGUGGACUCUAAGUUCCUGGUGGGCCUGGGUGGGAUCCUGGUGGUUGCUUGCUCUGUCUUGGCUUCCAUGGGCUUCUACGCCUGGGUGGGAAUACCCUCCUCACUGGUCAUCCUGCAGGUGGUGCCCUUCCUGGUCUUGGCUGUUGGAGCUGACAACAUAUUCAUCCUCGUCCUGGAGUAUCAGAGGGACGAGCGGAGGCCGGGGGAGAGGCGGGAGGAACAGAUCGGCCGAGUCCUGGGCAGUGUCGCUCCCAGCAUGCUCCUCUGCAGCAUGUCUGAAUCCAUCUGCUUCUUUCUGGGGGCGCUGAGCACCAUGCCGGCCGUGAAGUCCUUCGCCCUGUACGCCGCUCUGGCCGUGCUGAUGGACUUCCUGCUGCAGAUGACGGCCUUCGUGGCCCUGCUCUCCCUGGACGCCCGCCGGCAGGACGCCAACCGCUGCGAGCUGGCCUGCUGCGUGACCGUGUCCAGCCCGCGGCCCGGCGCCGCCAGCCAGGGCUUCCUCAAACCCGCCAUGAAGCGCUACUACGCCCCCGCCCUGCUGCACCCCGCCACCAGGCUCGUGGUGAUGGUGUUGUUCCUCUUCAUGUUCUGUGCAUCCAUCUUUCUGAUGUUCCAUGUGACCGUGGGUCUGGACCAGGAGCUGGCCCUGCCACAGGACUCCUACAUGCUUGAGUAUUUCAAGUACCUGUUCAAGUACUUUGAGGUGGGCGUGCCCACGUACUUCAUCACCACGAAAGGCUUUAACUUCACCACGGUGCAGGGCAUGAACGCCACGUGCUCCAGUGUGGGCUGCGAUCCUUUCUCCCUCACACAGAAGAUACAGUACGCCACAGAGCACCCAGAGCUAUCCUACCUGGCUAUCCCAGCGUCCUCUUGGGUUGAUGACUUCAUUGACUGGCUCAACCCUGCGUCAAAGUGCUGCCGGAUCUACACAGAGGGACCCGAUAUAGGGGAUUUCUGUCCUGCGGAUCAGACUGUGACUGCGUGUAACAGGAGGUGUAUACCUCGUCAUCUAAAUGGGGUCCUAAGACCAACUGUGCAGCAGUUCAACAGGUUCCUGCCUGACUUCCUGGGUAACAGGCCUGACCUGCAGUGCCCCAAGGGUGGUCUGGGAGCCUAUGACACAUCAGUGAAGAUAGAUUCGAACGGAGAGAUAAUAGCAACGCGCUUCAUGGCGUACCACACGCCGCUCACCAACUCCCAGGAGUUCACCGCGGCGCUCAAGAAAGCGCGAGAGCUGGCCGCCAACAUCACCCUCGGCAUGCGGCAGAUCCCCGGCACUGCCCCCGACUUCGAGGUCUUCCCGUACACCGUGCCGUACGUAUUUUACGAGCAGUACCUGACCAUCGUGUCGGAGGGCCUCUUCAACAUCUCCCUGUGCCUGCUGCCCACCUUCGUGGUGUGCUGCAUUCUGCUGGGCCUGGACCUGCGCUCGGGCCUGCUCAACCUGCUCACCAUCAUCAUGAUCACCGUGGACACCGUGGGGGUCAUGACCCUGUGGGGAAUCGACUACAACGCCGUGUCCCUCAUCAACCUGGUGACGGCUGUGGGAAUCUCUGUGGAGUUUGUGUCCCAUCUGACACGGUCCUUCGCCCUCAGCACCUUGCCCACCCGUGUGGAGAGAGCCAAAGAGGCGACUGCUAAUAUGGGCAGUUCAGUGUUUGCAGGAGUCGCCAUGACAAAUCUGCCGGGGAUCGUGGUGCUGGCGUUUGCCAAGGCACAGCUCAUCCAGAUCUUCUUCUUCAGACUGAACCUGGUCAUCACACUGCUGGGCAUGGUGCACGGCCUGGUAUUCCUGCCCGUGCUCCUCAGCUUCUUUGGGCCGGAUGUGAACAAGGCCGUUCUGCUCAGACAGCAGAAGGACGUUCAGGGGGAAACAGCCAUAUAUGAAAACGAGGGAUUUGAGAUCAAUGAACCCAACACACACGCUGCAUUGCCGGAAAGAAAAAAGUGAGCAGUCGCUUGCAGAAUGGAUCCUGCUGCGACGUGCGCAAGUUUACUUCCUACACACUACCUUUACAGAAGAGCACUGGUCCAAAAGCACAUACCUCCGUAACUUUAGAGACACUUCAUGUCCCUGGACCACGCCUUCAGUACUCAAAGGACUCUAACCACAAUACACCAUGGCACAAAAUUCAAUGCAGUGUCAGCCAAAGAUCAAGAACAAAGAACAGGGAUAUGCUGAUCACUGAAAUGAGGGGUUUAUGCAACAUGGCUGCAACAGAAGACUAAUGGCUGUCCAAAAUGACUGCAUUUUAGCUCACCCUCCCCCUCCUUGUCUUUACUCCUGCUACUUUCUGUUCUGUUGGCAAUAGACAGGUGAGAUGUUUUAUACAGCAAUACAUUUAGCGGGUGCAGGUGUUUCUAAAAAUCGAUAUUUAAUUAGGAAUACAAGAGCAGGGACAUUAUAUAAUUACUCGUUUUUCGGCAUGAAUGGUUAGUGUAAGUGUAUAUGUAUAUAAUUUCAUUUUCUACCUGAAUGCUGCAUGCUCCUACUUGAUGAAGCUUCACUGCUGGCUAAAAUGCCAAGUGGGGACAAAGAUAUACAGUAAGGCAUUAUGUAACACUCCAAUUAAAUAAUAAGUAUAGGUUACAUGAAAAGUAAUUUCUGUUGUGGUAUACCAGUAGAUCCUUUUUAUAAUUUCAGUAUUGUUGAAACAUAUUGUAGGACUGAUUUUGUACUGUAAAUUUGCUAGAACAAAAAUAAACUUCUAUUUAUUUUUUACAGA